GGGCAGGGGGCGGUAGGCGGGGGCAGGAGCGGUAGCUCCCCGUGCUAGCGCAAAGCCCCCAAGCCGUAGGCUCUACUGAGCAUGCCCAGUGUGGCUGCCUUGGGCUCGCUCGGGCCGGUUCCGAGCCGCCAGCUUGCAACUGCACUUGCCGCGGCUGCUUUUGCAGCAACGCGAGGCGAGGAUAACGAGCUAAGCCUCGGCCUCUGCCCAGAAACCCAGCCCAGGAGGCAGGGUAGGCUGUUGCGGGGCAGGAGUGGAGGACUGAUGAUGAAAGCUGAGAUGGGUGCGUUGAGCAGUGUCACUGAUUUGAGUCUCAGGUUACCUGUGCACAGGUGGAAAGGACCAGGUGACCACGCUGGUCAGUGUACAGGGAAAUGCAGGGACGGUCCCUGCAAGGGGAAUACCCUCCCCCUGCCUCUGCCCCUGGAUUUCCGCGGCGUGGACUGCAUUCGCUCUUUUGCAUCGCUGUGGAUCACAAUCGUUCGCAGAGAUUUGACUGUAGCAGCCUUUGCCUAGAGAUGCCUCCUUCCCCCAACCCUGUGUCCUCAGGAUGUCAGUCUUAGCACAAAGAGCAACCUGCUAUUGUGUCUCCAGCAUGCAUCACCUCAUCCGGCUCCCUUGCAGCGCCCCACCUCUCGCUUCCCCGGUAACUCGGCUCGUUUGCCCUAAAAAUGAAAGCUCUCAGCCGAGCGUGCUGAACGUGAACACAUCGCCGUUGAAUUUCCAGGGCCCAAAGGGCACCUAUCUAAAUGAACUGAAAGAGGAUCCCCGUGAGUAGGACGCACCCCGCAGCCCUCUCCUGCGCCCGCUCCGGUGCCCCUAGGAGAGUAGAGCAUCUCUCCCCCUCCGGCUCCAAGUCGGUUCGCCGCGUCGGACUCAAGCUCGGUUCUUAGAGACCACCUAGCCCCGCCCCCCCUUGGCCUCCGUGAAAACCCGGCGGGAUGGAUCGCCCGGGGCCAGGCUCCACGCGCCCCGGGCAGACCAUGCACGUUCGGGGUUACCGGGUUGAGUGGAAAGUACGGAACGGUAGGAAGCUGCAGCCCAGCGAGUGGGCGGGGCGAGGAGACCUAGGAGGGUUCAAAAGGGGGUGGAAGGAUACACGGGCCACAGUCGGAACUACUUUCCGAAGGAGGUCACGUGUGUUCCUAGUUGGGGAACUUUCCAAAUUCCCACUCCCCAGUGAUAGCUCCCGAGGCAAGUACUCUUCUUCUUUUGCUCGGGGUGUUCUCGCCUGGUGCAGGCAGCAGAACCCCAGCCCUUCCCGCGCCGCGGCGGAAACAGAGACUCGGACCAGCCUCCGAAAGGAACGCUGUCGGGGCUGGCGCUUGGGGAGCUGGUUACACAAGCACCCACAUCCAAACACGUGCACCCGCCUCCCCGCCUGCUGGCUGCCGCCGAUUCUUACAGAACGCGGGGAGAGAGUCCCCAAGCUAGUCCCAUUCCUCGCCUGCUACCCUAAGAGCAAGCCAAGGACGGAGACCUGAGACUCCUUGCUCUAGAUCGACCUAUACUGCGCCUUCCCAAACGUGGGAAAAGGAGCUGGGCGCUAGGGGUCUCGGGCCUCUCCCUCGCUGAUGCCCUGCCCCUUAGGGUGAACCCUUUUAGUUCUGUGCUUGCGGGUAUCUCCUGCUGCAGCCCAGAGCUUGCAUUCUCUGAUGUUGCAACAAACGUCCAGUCACUACCUCUGAGCUGGUGAGCGCGCCCCACCUACUGUAGACUCAGCCAAGUGACUUAUCUGGUCUGAGAACCUCGUCAAUGGCCGUCAGCCCAGAACAAACCUGUCAAGUCCGCUUACAGCCCCGACUGGGCAGACCUGUCGCCGUGAGAGAGCUAAUUCAGAAAUGCAGAGAGUUGGAUCGCGCUCCUUCUACCCCGCAACGCACCCGUCAAGGAUCUACAAAGCAAGUAGUCGACCCGCUUAAAGAGAAUGAGCAUCAACACCAGUCUGGGAAUUUAUUAUUUUUUCAAUUCCCUUAGGAAGUAGAACUCCAGACGACAAUUUGAGUGAAAAAAUAUCUAACGAGACCUAGGUUGAAGCACUGAGUUGUUUUUCAAACUUUUGAGAGAAUGAGAAUCAAUCUGCAUGUGUGUUCAAUAAUUGUAAGUGCCUAGGAAAGUCUAAAGAGGAUUUAUGCUGUAUUUGAGAAAGAGGACUGUAUAUGUGCACAUCAUAGUUGUAGGCAACCUGUGAAGACUGGAAAACCCAAGAGACCUAGCGCAGAAAGCCACAGGCUAUUACCUAACUCUGGGACUACUAAUUAAACCUGGGAUAUUUACAGUGUUCUUAGAGAUCUCUGAGGCUCCGUAAAACUUUGCACUUCUAUACAGCAUUUAAGAUAGCUCUACAGGAGUUAACAACCUGCUGAAGCUUCAGUGUUGAUAUUUAUUGAAGGCUGGUUUUGUGCAUAGUUCUAGUCAGCUUGGGAAAGGCAAGGACCACAGUGGAAAAGGAAAUGGAAAGCAACCGGAAAAGAAUAAAAGAAAGGCCUCCAGUUGGUUUCCAGAGAUGCAGAUACUAUCCACAUAGCCUAGGGUGAACUACAGAUUUCAUUAUUUUAUAAAUAACCAAGGAUAAGGAGUUCCUGAUGUCUAGGUGUUCUACUAGAUUGUAUGGUAAAAACCAGAGCUGUGUUUAAUUAUCAAUUACUGCGUGGUAGAAAAAGGGGGAAUGGAGAUGAACCUUUAAAAGGGGAGUAGAUUAGAGAGGGGUAAAAUGUCUCACAUUUGUUUCUCAGGUUGCUGAUCUUGUCCCCGGAGUCCCUGUUAUUAGCACUGCCCUACUCUGCCCCUCCCCUAGAGCCUACCCUAAGUGACAAUUAGUCUCGUAGUAUCUGAGAACCUCUGAACUCCGCUUUCAGGGAAGAAAAUGAAACAAGGGUGCAUUCCUGUCCCUGGUGCGACAGGGUCCUCUUGGAUUCCAUGGCACAGAGUUACUCUGGAGCAGAGAGGAUCUGCAUCACCAGCACUAAAGUGCUGGAAUAUGAGACCAGCCUCCAAGUACUUCCAUCUGGCUGAAAAAAGAAAAUGGGAAAUGGGUUUUGCUGCUUCUCUAAACAUCAGGUCCCUCUACUUCUCUCUAGUGGUGAAUGAAAGGAUCAUCAAUGUUGGCAGAUAUUUGGCCAGCCCGACAGCAACAUCAGGUGGUUAUUAGGAGUUGCUGAAUAAAAUCCUCCUUCUGUU